AUUAGGUGCCAUGCUUUCCACUUUGGCGCUUCGACUUGCCCUAUCAGGAACCAGCAGAAUGGCGGUGAAGUUUUUGCUGUUCACUUCACCUUGAAAUUGUGUGCUUGAAAGGGGCAUUGAUGCGAGGGCUCGUCAUUGCGAAGACUCGUCAAUGACGAGCCCUCGACAUUGAUCGGGAUAAAGCAUCCAUAAUGUGCUCAUGAAGCUGCCCAGACAGCUGGGUCGAGACCUUCUCCGGCACCGAAGAAAGGCUUCGAUCGUUGGCCUCGGUCGUUGGCACGGAAGUUCAAAAACCUGCAUGGCCUUGGGGACGCCUACGCAUCAGGCUGAGAGCGGCUCAUAACUCCGUCGACACGCCAUUUUUGAGUUCUGCCGGAUGGUUCAAGUUGUGCCGCCCUGAACUCCAAAGUUCGUCCUCGAUUCAAGUAGCAGCUUUCCUGACCGGUGUCCCGCAUCCAACCUUGGAAAGACUCCGCUUCCUGAGUCUAGUCCUGAAUCGACCUUGCUACUUCUUCAAACCGCCGCUGGACGCUGCAUCCAUUGGUGCAGUUCUCUACCAAUAGACAACUGGGCCAGUUGUUGUGUCUUGUCUGGAGCAAUGCCGUCCUCAACGCAGCUCAGGCGACAUAAGAGGACGCCACCAUCAAGAUUCUCCGGCAGCACAAGGACGUAACAUCCUCACCUCCAUUCUCUGGCACUCUGCAAAGCAACGGUCCCCUACGCCUAAAGGCAAGUCUUGCAGCACCAGAGUGGGAAUGGCUUCCACGCCAACAUUCUUGGAUGAUGAUUACAUAACCCGUAUAAUACCCUCAUGCACCGACUUGCAUGAGUUCGACAAUCAGCUUCAAGGGAACAGAAGUCAUCGAAAUUCGCCGCAUAUCCUGCACUGUGUUGUACAGCAGCAUCACGAUGUUGACAGGACGUUGGCCCAAUACAUGGUGGGGAUUGCAUCGGCAAAAUCAGGGGCCCCUCAUCGUGACCCCUCCUUUUUGUAAUGGGAACCCAGGAUGAUCCUUCAAAUUCUGCAGAGACAAUGUCCAACGAUCCAGCUCUCGGACUCGCAAGUGGAAAACACCAGAGGAAAAGCGCCGAUGCCAUACUACAAAGGCGUUACUAUUAUGUACGACAUACCCUGCCCUUGGGGCGUGUCGGCAGCAAUAUGGAGACGGCCAGCCCGCUGUCACGACAUCCAGACCAUCGACAGGUUGUUCAGGGAUGUCAGAAGGCUGAUGAGGUCGGGACCAGGGAUUCUCCCGGGUGGGGCCAAGAUCGCCAGCCAUCACCUCCGGGGCCCGUCCGGCAUUCAGAGCCCUUCAGCUUCCACUAACCCACCCACCCUUCCCACGAUUCGACAAGCGGCGCUUGGUGCACAAAACGAAGGGGCCCACUGCGCCAACCAAUUCGAGAUGUUCUUGCCUCAACCUCUGGAAAGGCACAAAGGCUGGCGCGCCUUGAACGAGGAUGAAGACUUUUUGUGUGAUAGAGCCACACUACUGCAAGCUGGUUGCAGUGUGACUGUCUCCUAUCUACCGGUGCGCCGGUCAGACCGCUCUGCGGCGAUAACCUCACUGCAUGCACCCUUCUGAACCUCAACGCCACCACAUGCAUCUGGUUGGUGGCUUUUUGUCACCGCACUUAGUGUACAUAGGUGUUUCUUGUUGGAAGAGUGAAAUGGAGGGUCCUGCUGGUCGGUGAUUUUGUAACCAGCCAAGACUUGUAAAUGCAUACCAAAAGUGGCGAUUUCACCAACAGAUUUGACAUUCAGCGCAUCUAAUACGAGAGAAGCAAGGCUGCCACUUGGCUAGGUCUGACUAACGAUCCUACCAUGCAGUA